GAUGCCCUACGUCCGCACAGUCCUCGGCCUCCUGUCGGGCCUGGCGGCCUGUGGCGCCGUCGCCUUCCUCGGCUACUGCGUCUACUUCGACCGGAAGCAGCGUGGCGACCCCGCGUUCAAGCUCCGCCUGCGCGAAAAAAGAAGAGCCCAGCAGCAAAAGGCUGAGGGACGGGGCGCCCAGUUGUGGGAUCCAGCAAAGAAUGAAAAAUUACAACUUUUUCUGCAAGAGGUACGAAUGGGAGAACUUUGGUUAUCCAGAGGGGAGCAUCGAAUGGAGGUCGAACAUCUCAGCAAUGCCCUUUUGGUGUGUGGGCAACCACAGGAACUUCUGAAAGUUUUCAAACACACACUUCCUCCCAAGGUAUUUGAGAUGCUGUUGCGCAAAAUUCCCCUUAUUUGCCAAGUAUUGCUGUGACUAUCAUCAUUGAUAAGUCCCAGACCCACAACUGAACUCAAGAGCUAACAGUCAGGGGAGUUCCCUGGUGGUGCAGUGGUUAGGAAUCUGCCUGCCAGUGUAGGGGACAUGGGUUCAAGCCCUGGUCUGGGAAUAUCCCACAUGCUGUGGAGCAGCUGAGCCUGCAAGCCACAACUACUGAAGCCCAUGCGCCUAGAGCCCGUGCUCCGCUACAAGAGAAGCCACUGCGAUGAGAAGCCUGCACACAGCAAAGAAGACCCAGU